AUGGCCAAAAUAAUGUUCCCAAAGGCAGCACUCGCUCUGAUGCAGAACAUGAGACAGAGCAACGCCAACGACAGCAGCGAUGGAGGAUCGUCCUUCACAACUGACGAUCGCUGUGAUUCAUCUAUUUCCCCUUCCAAAGACGGCUCUUUUCAAUAUCCUCGGACGCAAAAGGAGGAAGAAUGUCUGCGAAAGCUAAAAGAAGAAUGCCGGUUGGCAAACAUCUCCGCCUCCGAUAUCACUAUCUUUCGCUUUGCUUGUUUCCACGACUUUAACUUUGACGUGGCUCGACCUGCCAUGAUUGCAAAAUACAACGAUCCUCGUUUACAUCUUCGUAUGGACGAUGAGCUCUUGGACCAAUUCCAAAACAAGGUUAUCUUCCCCCUACCAGGUCUUAGGACAAAGAACAUGAAGCACGAAGUGCUCUACUUUUAUGCCUGCCGCCACUUCCCAGCAACAAUGGAUACUGAUCUGCUUCUCAGGAACAUGACCUACAUUCUCAACGACAUGAGCUUGACCGAACAACAGUGCCGCAAUGGAGUUGUAAUGAUCAUCGAUUUGAACCAUUUCACAUUCAAGAAUUUCACACCGGAAAGCUCCAACAAGUUUUUCGAGGCGUUGCAGCAAGUACCAACAAAGGUCGAAACAACGAUCAUUCUGAAUGGUCCCCGCUGGUUUCCAAAAGUGUAUCGUCAUUUGUUCAAGAAGAUGCUGUCCAAGGAAAAUGCUAGGAGAGUACUAAUCUUGAAGCAACCCCAGCAGUUACAAAACCAUUUGAUGGAUGGCUGCGAAAAAUAUUUGCCAGUCGAAAUGGGAUAUUGGGUCGAUUCAUCAGAGAUCAUUGAUGAUUUCGUUGACAUGAAGCUUCACAAUGAAUCGAACCAUUAA